AUGGACCAGUCGGACAACAGACCAGUCGGACAACUGACCAUAGUUGGUCAAUGGACCAGUCGGACAAUGGACCAGUCGGACAACGGACCAGUCGGACAACGGACCAGUCGGACAAGGGACCAGUCGGACAACGGACCAGUCGGACAAGGGACCAGUCGGACAAUGGACCAGUCGGACAACAGACCAGUCGGACAACUGACCAUAGUUGGUCAAUGGACCAGUCGGACAAUGGACCAGUCGGACAACGGACCAGUCGGACAACGGACCAGUCGGACAGUCACAAGGGACCAGUCGGACAACGGACCAGUCGGACAAGGGACCAGUCGGACAAUGGACCAGUCGGACAACAGACCAGUCGGACAACUGACCAUAGUUGGUCAAUGGACCAGUCGGACAAUGGACCAGUCGGACAAGGGACCAGUUGGACAACGGACCAGUCGGACAAGGGACCAGUCGGACAAUGGACCAGUCGGACAACAGACCAGUCGGACAACUGACCAUAGUUGGUCAAUGGACCAGUCGGACAAUGGACCAGUCGGACAACGGACCAGUCGGACAACAGACCAGUCAGACAAGGGACCAGUCGGACAACGGACCAGUCGGACAACGGACCAGUCGGACAAGGGACCAGUCGGGCAAUGGACCAGUCGGACAACGGACCAGUCGGACAAUGGACCAGUCGGACAACGGACGAGAUGGACAAAGGACCAGUCGGAAAACGGACCAGUCGGUCACAGAACCAGUCGGACCACCGACCAGUCGGACAACGAACCUGUUGGACAACGGACCAGUCGGACAAUGGACCAGUCGGACAACGGACCUGUCGGACAACAGACCAGUUCACCACACGAGGUCAGCCGUGUCCUAGCUGGCCCACAUGAUCUCCGCCAGACAAUGUCAGAUGGCCCGUCGUGA